AUGCUCAUAAAUAAAUAAUCUGAUCAUCCAAACUCAUAAAGUGGAUCAUUUGUCCAUUUGUCUCCGUAAGCCUAUGAGGCCUUAUAAACUUUAGAGUAAAUUAAAAAGAAUAAUAUACUUCAGCAGAAUUCCUAAAUCGUUAGAAGAGUUUCAUCAUAAUAUAUUCAAUAACCUCAAAAUAAUUAUUAGCGAACAUCCAGUUAAUUGUAGGCUUCCCCAAUACAAUAGAAAAAGGAUUUCUAAACCAACUCAUCCUUAUCAUUCAUCAAAGGAGCUUUAUAAUCAAAUCGCACUAACAAAAUGGAAACGGAGGGAAGUCAUAAACCUAAUUCUCAAACAGAGAGGUAGAUUAGUUAAUAAUAAACUCUGGGUAAAUCAGAUGAACCUACUCCAUUCUUCAGAGACACUUUAUCGAGUGAUCGUAAUAAAUGUAACUAGACUAGCUUAAGCUAAUAUUUAGCUAAACAUCAAUUUUAAUAGCAAUUCAAAUAUAUCAAUGAAGAAUUAUAAGCAUUUAAAUAAUAGGUUGAAAAUGAUGUAUUGAUUGAAACUGUCAUUACAAAAUUUGAAUCACCUAAAGAUAAUUCAAAAAAUAGUCAAUUCUUUGCUGAUCAAUCAUAAAAAGAGAAUUAAUCUCCUACAACUAAAUUAAUGUUGAAAAAGAAAACGAUCUUAAAUCAGAUCCUCUCUCUCGAUAAUCAGAUUAAGAUCAUGGAAGAUGAAGAGACUAUGAUUGCUCUUGACCCUUAAAAAUCAAAAAAGAAAUCAAAUACUAUUUAAUCCUCUUCAAAUCAAUAGAUUGUUGAAAGUCUAUAUGAAAGAGCAUAAAAAAAGUAAUCUAAUUUCUAAAAACUUUUUGAGGAAACUCAAAUAAAUAAAACAUAAAAUGAACUUAAAGAAUGUACUUUCAUACCAAAGAUAAAUAAAUAGAAUAUAUCUGGAAAUUUUAUGGAAAGGUUGGAUGAUUGGGUCUAAAGGAAAAAUAAAAAGAUAACUUAAUAGCAGGAAUAAAGCUAAGAAAGAAUAAUGAGAGAAUGUACUUUUAGUCCAAUAAAUAAAUAAUUAUCAAAAAGCAAUCUUAGUCAUACAGCAGUAUAUUAUAGAAAUCAAGAAUGGUAGAAUAGAGUAAAUCUUAAGAAAUAAAAAAUGAAAGCCUAAAAUUCACUUAUUUAAAUGAGUGCAAAAAAGGAGUAAAGUACUCCUAAAAAAAUAAAUAAAAGAUCUAAUUCAUCAUAAUAUUAAAUUGAUCUUGCUAAAAUAUUAUAAUCAACUAAUUCAUAAAAUACAACAAAAAGAGUAAAACAUUAAUCACCUUUUCAUACCGAAAUGCAAAGUGGUAUUCUUAAUGCUUCAAAUAAGAAAAUUGAAAAUAUAGAUAUGAAGUAUUUACAAUUAUGUGAAAUGGCUAAUAGAAUUAAAGCCAAAUCUAAAUAUUGA